UUUAACAUCUUCUGUAUAUUGAAUCUUAUAAUUGUUUUCUGUUUUGCUGUAUGCUUUUUUGGCAGUUUGUACAGAAUUUUGUUACUAUUACUAGCUUUUGAAAGAAUUCCAUUUUAUCUCACUGUUUUACAAUGAGGGCUCUCUUUAUUGGCGAUUCCAUGAUCAAAUACUUGCAUAAGUAUGUAUCUGUUGAAUCACUUGACUUUCAUUUGGACAUUGUUUCCUAUCCUGGUGCAACUAUUGAAAGAUUAGCUAGCAAUAUUUCUGUACACAAAAAUUAUGACUGGGUCUUAGUGCAUGUUGGCACAAAUAAUGCAUCUUUGGAUACUAUUGAAGUAAUACUUAAAAAAUAUAGAGCUUUGGCCACUGAGGUAUUACUUCAUGACCCAGGUGCAAGAAUAAUUUUCUCGAGUAUUGUUCCAAGAGAUUUUGAUUUCCACAGAAAGGAGUAUAAGGAAUCGGAGUAUUAUUUACAGACACUAAACUAUAAGGUUCGAGCCAUAAACUGUGCACUUAAAGAACUAUGUUAUUUUCAAAUGUUUUUCUUUUGCAGUUCUUUCCAGCCAUCUUGGAAAAACUAUCUUGCAAGAGAUGGCUUGCAUUUAAACAGAUGGGGUAAUAAGCUGCUUGCAGGUUGUUUUCUUGAAUCCUUAACAGGAUGCAUCUCAGCAGAUACAGCAUCUAAAAAGAUUGCAAAGACGCAGUCUUCCAACUCUGGUUUUUCUUUUGAUGAUUCAGAGUUUCCUCUAUUGCCAUUUUUUCCCGCAGUAUUUGUUUCUUCUGCUAGGCCAAAGCAAGAGUCUGGCAAGCCAGUUUCUAGGCCUGUGCAACCUGCUAGGCCAAAGCAAGAGUCUGCCAAGCCAGUUCCUAGGCCCGUGCAACCUGCUAGGCCAAAGCAAGAGUCUACAAGGCUAAUUUCUACACCCGUGCAACAGUCAGCUGCUCUGCUGACGAAAGAUAUUUCUUCUCUGCCAUCUUCUAAAGUAUCUGGUAUGCGUGGAGUUGUCUGUCACAAAGAUGAUCCUGCCCCUGUCACGCCUCGGUAUCAGGAUAAAUCCAUACCAGAAAUUGUGGUGAAGCUUAUAAGCCAGAUAACAGCCUCUGGAAAGAGUGUACAUUUUUGUCCAGGGGUCUUGUUACUCGGCUACAAACCCCAACGUCACGAGUUUGCUCCUCGUCCUCAUCAAUCUUCCUCAUUGGUGACCCUGGCUCUGAACUAA